AUGCGUCAAUGGAAACCAGCGCUGCUGGCGCUUGCCAGUACGUUGGGAUACGGCACAUCACUUUGGCCAACAACGCAACAAGGACAGGCAGUCGAUCCUAGUAUCCUCACCAGUCUUGGCGCCUGGUCGUUCUACGUGCCAAACGGCGACAUCGGUCGCUACGACAUCCCUGAUGCGGUCUUCCCCGGCUGCGAAGUUGACCAGGUCAAUCUCUUCAUGCGACACGACUUCCGUGGUCCAUCAAAAGGCGUUGGUUCUGGCAUCGCGACCAUGAUAUCUAACAUCGUCAACGCCAGCAACGCCGAAGACUCCUCUUGGAAUUUCGCAAUCGGCGAUGGACAGAGCCAUCCCGAGCUUCACUUUUUAUCCGGUCUGAAAGAUAGCUACAAGGCAGUUCCCUCCGAAUUGCUGACAGCGUACGGGGAACAAGAUGCCCACGCGAGCGGUUAUCGUUUCAAGAAGAUGUACGGGUAUCUGCUGGGACACAUGGACUGGUACAACACUCCUGUCAACCAGUCUCUACCAGUCUUUGUGAGGACCACAGAUCAAAGUCGUGUCAAUGUGACCAGUUGGACAUUCUCCGAGGGCUUCAUGGGGCCAGACUGGCGCAACCGUCUUGCUGCACCGCUCUUGACCCUUCCAGAUAGCUCGAAGGCCUACAACGAUUCCCUUGCCGUUGGUACCUGUCCAUUCUCCCAGAACGAUACCUCAUCGGAUGAUGCUUUCGCGAUUUGGAACGACGUCUAUCUGCCCAAGGUCGUUCAAAGGCUUCAGCGCGCUCUUCCGAACCUCAACCUAACCACAUCUGACGUGCAAGCGAUGCAAAAUGCUUGUCCCUUCCAGUCUGCCUAUCUCAGUCACCUUUCGCCCUUUUGUGCCAUCUUCAACCUGCAUGAAUGGGAGUUGUAUUCGUACGGACAGGAUCUUCAGCAGUUUGAAAAUGCCGGAUACGGCGGGCCAUUCGGUCGUGCCUGGGGCGUCGGCUGGGUCAACGAGCUUCUGGCUCGAUUGACUGAUUCGCCUGUCACAGAUCGAACUUCGACCAAUACGACGCUCGAUGCUGACAAAAUCACAUUCCCACUUGGCCUUCCUGUCUACCUCGACUUUACGCAUGACACCCAGUUGGCUUCUGCAGUUGCCGUGAUGGGUCUGCUCAAAGACGGUCGCAAGCUCGACCCUACCAAAUAUCCCAGCAAGGACAGACUAUGGAACACAGCUCACAUUGUGCCCAUGGGAGGCCGUAUGGUCGUCGAGCGACUGACCUGCAGGGGUAAGCCGCAGAAGUACGUGCGCAUACUCCUCAAUGAUGCUGUUCUUCCAGUUUCUGGUUUGAAAGAAUGCGGCGUACAGGCUCAGGGAAGGAAGCAUGCCGCUGCCGGGCUUUGCAAGCUGAGCGACUUUGUCACCAGCCAAAGCUUUGCUCAAGCAGGCGGGGACUGGAGGAACUGUUAUCUUUGA